AGAAAGGGAAAAAGGAGAGAAUUCAUAACUCAUCGGAAAGCGCACAGAGUCCACAACUUCAUUCAAACUUUCCCUCCAUUUUUCUCAUCCGCAAUUAAACCUUUUCUCUCUUAUUUCUCUGUCUCCUUUCAAUCAAGACUGUCACUUUCUUCAUCGCAUUUAAUUUCCCAGUCCCUAUGAAUCGCCACAACCUCUUCUUCAAAACCCCCAUUCUCGCCCCUUCUUCUUCCCCCGAGAACCGCCGUCUUCGGAUCGCCGACAUUCUCACCGACGACGAGGAGGACCACGCCGGUUACGGAACCCUAGGAGACGACGACGACGGCAUGAGCGGCGUCGGAGAGCGCCGCCGCAGGGAGCGGUCCCCGAGCUUCCACUGCUCCUCGCCGCGGCGGAUCAUUGCACGGUGCUUUGCGGCGCUGAGGCCAGCCAGGGAGAGGAGAAUUUCGGCUCUUCGGAGAGAGAAGAGGGAAGAACUCGGCGAGGUUUCGGGGCACACGACUCGUUUGAUGAAUGCCCUGAACAGUCGCGAUUCGCCGGUUUCUGGUUCUGAGAGUGAGGAUUCAGGACGCUGUAGGAAUGACGCCUCUUUUAAUAUGGGCGUUGCUUGUGCUUUAUUGUAUCUAAUUGGUGCCAGUAAAACUGAAAUAACUAAGAUGGUGGAAGUGAGGAAGCAAAUGGAGAUACUUCUUCGAAACUUUAGAGAGGAAUUGCAAAACAGGAAUUCAGGUUUGAAGCCAAUUGAAAUCGAUGACAGUGUUGCUUAUUCCACCAACCAUAUCCGAGAGAGUUCCAACUCUAGUACGCAGAUUUCACUUCAAAUGAAUUCUGCACGGACCACAUCAUAUGUAGUGCCGGAAUCCGAAACCACCUUGGAAUGCGACGAUUCUUUCCGACGGGUUGUGCAUGAACGGGAACAGCAUUUAACAGGAAUGGAUGAGCUUGAGGCAGAACUCGAAGCCGAGUUGGAACUUUUGGAGCUCCAUGUGGAUACAGAACAUCCUUUAGUUCUCCCACAGCAGCAAGGGCUGAAGCAGGGCAUUAUGGACACUGCUUCUUCGGUAAGCCACAGCUCGAGUUCUACUUUUGGAGAGGUAAUUGACCCACAAGAGACGGCGCAUAUUUUAUUUGAAGGGCACAGUGAAGUUCCUCCUAUUGAAUUGGAGAGAAGGUUGCAUGAACUUCUGGAAGCAAGACAACAAGAAAGGAUACACGAGCUUGAGGAGGCUUUAGAGUGUGCAAAGCAAAAACUUCGCGAGAAAGAAUGGGAGGUUUCUUGGUGGAAAGACACUGCAAAGCUUAUGUCGCAGCACGUGCCACAACCAUCGCGGAUUGUUUCCCAGCAUGAUCCAAUAACUUUUUGACUUGUUGAGGUGAGCAUCAGAAUGUACUAUGUAGGG